UCCUUAAAAUGCCAAGUUGGGGGCCAGUGGCGCUGGCAUAUAAAUCCCCACUCUGGGCACCUGGCCCUUCGCUUCUCUUCCUGAGUCUCUCUCUGCCAUCUGGUCUGAUCCAAGAUGUCCAGUCCCCUGGAGCAGGCGCUGGCUGUGAUGGUCGCCACCUUCCACAAGUACUCUGGCCAAGAGGGCGACAAGUUCAAGCUGAGUAAGGGGGAGAUGAAGGAGCUUCUGCACAAGGAGCUGCCCAGCUUUGUGGGGGAGAAGGUGGAUGAGGAGGGUCUGAAGAAGCUGAUGGGCAACCUGGAUGAGAACAGCGAUCAGCAGGUGGACUUCCAGGAGUACGCUGUUUUUCUGGCCCUCGUCACUGUCAUGUGCAACGACUUCUUCCAGGGCUCGCCAGACCGGCCCUGAAGCAGAGCUCCUGGCUCCCUGCUGUGGGUCUCUUGGGCCCAGGAGGACUCUCUAUCCCUUUUAGUUUUGUACUCAAUAAACUUUUUUGCUUGUUGAUA